GCGUACUGCCAUCCUCGCUGCGCUCCGCCUACUCACACAAACGACAUGGUGCGCUCGUACCUCCGCCAUGAGCCUACACAGGCAUUUGGCGUCAUCUGCUCCAAUACCGCCAGGUCUGUCCUUGACGCAGAUGGCAAGACUGCAUACGUGCCCGCCUUGGAGGAUGUCAUCGUAUGGGAUGUCAGGAAGGGAGAGCAGGUCGACAUGUGGCAUGAGAUUGGCCACCGCUCCCCGGUGACAGCACUUACAAGGUGUCCUGCUGCUGCAUCUUCUCACCUCUUCGCUGUGGGCUACGAAGAUGGCUCGAUUCGCCUUUGGGACUCCACAACCUCUUCAGUCCACUUGACCUUCAACGGACAUCGCAAAGCCGUCUCUAGCCUCGCAUUUGAUGCCGCAGGGAUGAGAUUGGCCAGCGGCAGUCAGGACACUACCAUCAUUUUGUGGGACCUAGUGGCGGAGACGGGCAUGUUCAGGCUCAAGAGUCAUCGCGAUCUCAUUACCGACCUCGCCUUUGUCCAGCUAUCGGUCCACAGCGAAGCUUCCACCUCUUCCCUACCUGAGAUCAUUGACGUCAACGCCUCUGGCCACCUCCUCUCGACCUCCAAGGAUGGUCUGUUGAAGAUCUGGGAUCUUGCUCUACAGCACUGCAUCGAGACAGUCGUGCCAGGCAAAGGGGAGCUCUGGAGUCUUGCCGUUCUUCCGAUCGGCAGGGAAGACGCAGGAAGCUCAGAGCGCGUGGGUGAUUCUCUCGUCGUCACUGGGAGCGCCGAAGGAGAGGCUAAAGUGUGGGUUCUUCGGGCGGAAGUGCUGGCGCAGGGCUUGCAAGCGAUGACUGGGGACGGAAGCGACAAGGAGAAGGUCUUGGUCGCCUUGGGCAACGUUGAAUUGGCGUCAAAGCGCCGAGUCACACAAGUCGCCUACAGCUCUCUGGAAAAAGGCAUCAGCAAGGCCUACCUCGCUAUCAGCAGCUCGGAUCGCAGUGUGCAAGUAUUUCGCAUGCGGGAGGAGGAGGAGAUGAAGAAGAAGAUUGCUCGGCGCAAGCGGCGGCAGAGGGAGAAGGCAGACAAGAAGGGCACAGCAAAAGCACUCAAUGGCGAGCAAGAAGAUGAGGAGGAUGAGCAGGUCACCUGGCUGGACCGCAUCGAGCCGUACACAAUCAUUCGGCCCGAGUCAGGCAAAAUCCGCAGCUUCGCAUUCCCGAGUGGACCUGAUACCCGUGCUGCCAGCUCAAGCAGGGCUACAUCAGCUUCGAUGAGCAUACUCUGCGCCACACACGCCAACAGCGUUGAGGUGUACAACAUCCCUUCGCCUCCCAAGUCGAAAGCCGAGAAGAAAGUAACGCCCACGGAGGCUAGCCUGGCAUGCUCGCUGGAGCUGCCUGGCCACAGAAGCGAAGUGAGAGCGCUUGGUCUCUCUUCCGACGACUCGCUACUGGCCUCGGCAGAUUCGCAAGGCUCCUUCAAGGUCUGGAACAUCAAGACGGGACGCUGCAUCAGAACGCUGGCGUGCGGGUAUGCGCUCACUCUUGCCUGGCUACCAGGAGAUCGACAUGUCGUCGUAGGCUGCAAAGAUGGGUCGAUACGAACCUAUGACAUACCAGCUGGAGAGAACAUCGAAACAAUCCAGGCUCACACAGGCCCAGUUUGGAGCAUUGCACUUCACCCUGACGGCCUGCAGUGCAUCAGUGCCAGUGCAGACAAAGACGUCAAGUUCUGGGAAUUUGAGAUGAGGACGAUGGAACGCGAGAAUGGGGAGGUAGACCAAGAGAGCGAUGAGGAGGAGCCGGCACCUGGCGCUCCCCCUCGGAGACCCAAGCCAAGUCGGCCUCAGCAGCUCGGUCUGGCCCAUGUCCGUACACUCAAGAUGACAGAUGAUGUCCUCUUCGCUCGCUUCUCACCCAAUGGCAAGCUUCUGGCACUCUCCCUGCUAGACAAUACCGUCAAGGUCUUCUACGCCGACUCUCUUAAGUUCUUCCUGUCUCUGUACGGGCAUAAGCUGCCAGUCCUGUCACUGGACAUCUCUACCGACUCCAAGCUCUGCGUGACCGUCUCUGCGGACAAGAACAUCAAGAUUUGGGGUCUCGACUACGGAGACUGCCACAAGUCCAUCUUUGGCCACCAAGAGUCCAUCAUGUCCUGCGCCUUUGAGAAGGGCUUCCAGGGUGGUGGGCUGUUGGGCGGCAGAGAGGGCGAAUCGCACCACUUCUGGACCGUCGGCAAGGACGGCCUGGUCAAGUAUUGGGACGGUGACCGCUUUGAGCUGAUCCAGACCAUGGAAGGCCACCACGGCGAAGUGUGGAGCUUGGCCUGUGGUCAAAAGGGCGAUCUUGUCGUCAGCAGCGGUGCUGAUCGUAGUCUGAGGGUGUGGGAAAAGACGGAAGAGCCCCUCUUCCUAGAGGAAGAGCGAGAGAAGGAGCAGGAGAAGCUCUUUGAGCAAGCUGAGCGAGAAGCUAGAGAUCGAGAGGAGGGUCAGGUAGGAGCUGUGGGCUCCCUUGCUGGCGGUCAGACGGCCCAAGAAGGCGUGGAGCAGCAAGAGGCUACCGCCGUGACACAUUCUAGUACUCAAACUCUCAUGGCUGGGGAGAGACUCAUGGAGGCACUGGACCUCGCCGACGAGGACAAAGUCCAUCGUCGCGAGUGGAUCCAGUCUGGGCGAAGAGGGGCCGCUCCACCCCGCAGCGCUCUCAUCCUUGCUGCCUUCCCCGAAGGUCAGAUCUCCUCUACCGUCAGCAACAAGAGCGCUAGUGCUGCCAAGCAAGGCGAAGAGGAGGCAGAGGAGGACACGGUGCCAGAGUUGUACGUGCUCAAGGUCGUGGAGAAGAUUCUGCCUGCUCAGCUGGACGAUGCCCUCUUGACAUUGCCCUUCGACAAGGUCCUCUCCCUGAUGCGCUAUCUAGCCGCUUGGGCCCACAUGAACCUCUCCAUUGCCCUCCUCUCGCGCAUCCUCUUCUUCCUCCUCCGAACCCACCACGCCCAAAUCGUCUCCAAUGCCGUCAUGCGCUCCACCCUCGUGGAGCUGCAGGGCAGUCUAAAGCAGAACCUGCGCAGACAGAAGAUCAUGGUUGGGUAUAAUCUCGUGGGGCUGCGCGAGCUCAAGAAGCAAGAUGAGCAAGGAAGGGUGGCGGCUCUGUAUGAAAAGGAAGGGUUUGAAGGGAGUGAAGAGGAGAUGAGGAGACGCGCUGCGGAGGAAGGUGGAGGGGUAACGAGGAAGAGGAAGGCAAACGUGGCUUGAGCAGGCGGGCCCAUGGUAAAGGAGCACAGAAUGUAUAGCUAGCAAAAAACCAAGUGGGAUAUUGCAUUUCAUCGUUGCAGAGAAUUGGU